AUGUUCAGAUAUCCUGGCUAUUAGCAGUGGGCAUCUCUUCCACGGAUCUAUCUCACCCUUAAAAACAACAGAAGCCACCCAAAGGAGUUGCUGACACCACCACAUCUUGUGGCAGUGAGUUUUCUAAGCGCUGGUCGCACUGAGUGGAAUGGGACUUCCUUUUUGCCUGUGCAGAUUCUGCCACAAAUUGACUUUCUUGGGCAACUCUUUGAGCAUCAGUUUUACAUCACAGGGACCAAGACGUCUCAUUGAGUAACCUUUCUGUUUCAACACAGCCAGAGUGGAGAGGAAGGACACAGCCCGGCUGCAAUGGAAAUCGGAAGAUUCCAAGCAACAGAGAUACAACAGUGCCUUGUUUCUCUCUGUGUGAGACAAAGAUAGUAACUGUGUGAGUGGCGCUGGCAUCCGAAGUAGGAGAGAAUACCAGAUCGGCCUGACCGGGCUUUUUUUAAAAUAUAAAAAAUAUAUAAUAAGAAGGGAGGGGGCGCGAGGAUUUCAUGCUGACCUGCUAGAAUUUAGCUGUGUUCUUUUUCCUUGGCAAUGUGGGUGCUGAGUGGGAUGUACAAAUCUCCAGCUAAUCUGCCAGCCAGCGCUGAAUGGUGCAGAUGGGAGAACAGGGAUAAUGAAAUGCCUGACAUCACCGUUCCAGAGAAUUCAGCCUGGGCACAGCCUGGCACCAGGGAGCAUAUAAAGCCCUGGCUCUUGGCUUGCUGGAGUGCACUGCUGCCCACUGUCUCCUCCGGGACCAACUCAGAUGGAUAUCACCGUUCACCACCCCUUCUUCCGCAGACCCCUGCUAUCAAGCUUGUUGCCCAGCCGCAUCUUCAACCAGACUUUUGGGGAGCACCUUGUGGAAUCUGAACUGCUCCCCAGCUCCUCAGCUUUCAGCUCUUUCUUUUUGAGACCCUCCAUCCUAAGGAACCCCAGCUGGCUUGAGAGCAGACUCUCAGAGCAGAUGCGACUGGAUAAGGACAAGUUCUCUGUAAACCUUGAUGUGAAGCAUUUCUCACCUGAGGAGCUAAAAGUCAAGGUUUUGGGAGACGUGAUUGAAGUUCACGGAAAACAUGAGGAGCGCCAGGAUGAACACGGCUUCAUUGCCAGGGAGUUCAACAGGAAGUACAGGAUCCCAGCUGAUGUGGAUCCCCUCUCCAUCACCUCCUCCCUCUCUUCGGAUGGUGUCCUGACAGUGAAUGGACCAAGAAAAGCCAUGGAAGUCCCAGAGCGCACCAUCCCCAUUGCCAGGGAGGAGAAAUCUGCCGUACCAGCAGCGCAAAGGAAGUAGACAUGCCCUUUGAGACCUACUCUUUUAUACCCAAGAAAGCCUUUCCAUUGGAUGCAAACAGCAGGCAGUGUCACUGGCUGGCUGUUCUUAUUUAUUUGUGCUAAGCAAAUGAGCUUGUUUACUAACAAAUAAACCGAUGAGUAAGCAU